AUGGCGCCCUCCAUUGUGCAUCUGCCCAAUGGCCACAAUCUCUCUGUCACGCCUGUUUUUGGCGGUCUGUACUUCAAGUCUGUUGACGCUCACAGCCAUCACAACAUUUUUCCUCCCGGCUGGACUAUCACCAUUGAGAGCGAGGACAAUGAUACUCCCGCUACUCCUAGCACUGAUGACGCUCCAAGAUAUCGCGUUCACAGCUACAAACAACCCUCUCUCCGAGGCGAUCACCUGUUCAUCUCUAGCAUUUCCAACCCACCUAAUGAGCGCACUCCUUCACAAUUCCCUGCAUCCUCUCCUACUCGCCAGAUUGCCAUGAUGCUGUGGGCCACCUUGUACUGGUAUUUCCAUCAACCUGAACCUGAUCCAAAGAUCACCAAUACCACUUCUCAGGGAACAGCCGAAGCAGGAAGACCAAGGGGUGAAUGGCGUAUCAACAUUAACCGCGAAGGCGUCUUCAGAGGCAAGCAGUUGAUGCAGAAGCUGGAGCGCAUGGGUCUGAUUGCAAGCGAAGACUCUACGGUCGGGACUUCCUUGGACCCCAAUACUUCUGAAGGCUGGUCUGCCAUGUUUGUAUCUCGCCGUCAUUUCUGGCAGCUCGACCCUCGUAUCUACCUCUUCACCAGCAAUCCUCAGGUCAACUCUGCCUUGGUCUCACACACUCACGUCGAUUCGAGACCGGACUCUCCUGCACUUGGUGUUUCUAGCAGUAGACCUGACUCGAUCGUCGAUAAUGCUGGUCCAGUGGUCCCUACUGGUGGCAAUCAUGGUUUGUGGGCGCCUCCCGGCCAGUUCAAGUCGUCCUCGCACAUGCCUACCUAUUAUCCACCUGCACCAACCCAAUACAUCUUCACUGACAACGUCCGCCAUCCCGUCCGUCCCAAGCCUCCUCGACAAGGCGAAACCUUCUAUACAAGAUUCAUUCCCAGUCUUGGCGAGUAUCUCUCGUUCCGUGUUGCGUCUUUAUCUAAGCGUCCCGUGCAACACAUUGGACCAGUGUCGGAUCCAGCUCCUGGGGCUUCUCCGCUCCGCGCCUCCGCAAGUGUAAGCGACUCGCAGGUCCCAACCAUUGGCACCAUGGAUCAUGAAAUGAGUGAUACUGAAAUCCUCCAUAAAUGGAUGAAUGACGAGCGCGUUGCGUACUCGUGGGGCGAACAAGGCCCUAUGUCCCACCAGGAAGAGUUCUUGAAAGCUGGUUUGACCAACAAGCACUCCAUGCCAGUAAUUGGUUGCUUUGACGGCAAACCAUUCGGCUAUUUUGAGAUCUACUGGGUCAAAGAAGAUAGACUGGGCUCCUACCUAGGUUAUCAGGUGUCUGACUAUGACCGUGGGUUGCACCUCCUGGUUGGUGAGCAAAGAUUCAGGGGUUCUCAUCGUGUCAAGGUUUGGUUGAGCGCGUUGAUUCAUUACUGUUUCCUCGCCGAUCCUAGAACCGAGACAGUCAUGUUGGAACCAAGAGUCGACAAUGCAAAAGUAAAGCAGUAUUGCGAAGAAGUUGGCUUCUUCAAAGAGCGCGAGAUUAGCUUCCCGCACAAGCAGUCGAAUCUGAUGAAGAUCCGGCGUGAAGCUUGGGAUGCCCCAGCCAUCUAA